CAUCAACUUCAUCUUUUUAUCGAAAAAUGAAAAUACAAGUGGCGGAAUAGGGAAAUAAAACUGUUAAAAUACGACCUCGGUAAAAAGUAAAAAUAAAAUAAAAAUUAGAACAAUUUCAUUAGCUCAGUUAAAGAUCCAAAAAUCUCAUUCACUUCCUCCUCCGUGAGCAACAAAUCGAUCGAGAAACCAAUAAACGACCCGAACAAUGAACGGAACCCACCGUCAUCAUCUUCUUCAACUAGUCUUAUCAUGCCGUAAGAUCACAGCUCAAGUGACUCAACCAGGAUCCUCAACGAUCAUAGCAAUGGCUUCAUCCUCCGAGCAAGAAUUCCUAGCAAAAAGCCGCGCCAAUCUCUACCGAUUCCCUCACUCCAACCAUUUCUGGGACUCAAAGACCGCUUCACGCGUCGGCGAGAAGCUUGGGUUACGUUUAAGAGAGCUUGGUGUUGACGUAGUCUCCAUUGAUGCAGACGAAGAAAUCUCUCGGCCUAUUCACCAUCGCAAAAGAGUUCUUCCGUUGUUCGAUUCCGUUCGUCGUACCGGUAUCAGAGUCGACGGAACUGAGCAAUUGAACGAUAUUAGUGUCCCAAUUAUUCCCAAAAAUUAGGGUUACGAAUUAGGGUUUUUUUUGUUUUGUUCGUACAGUUUCUUGUAUUAGUGAGAGAUUUACAGAAACUAAAUUUGAUUAUUUUCGACAAUAAAAAAGUACUAACAAAGAAAAAAUUAGUACAAUAUAAGAGUCAAGUAAAUUUACUGGCCAAAUUUUUUUUUAAUCUAAUUUUGUAUUC